UUAAAGAGCGCACAGUCGCAGAAGGACCACCAGCCAACAUGGCGGCGCCCGACUUCUCGGCCGGGGAGUUUGAAAAGUGGCUUUACGAGCGGCUGGACGGCCUCGGGGCGGACCGGGAGGUUUACGGAGCCUACAUCCUCGGCGUGCUGCAUGAGGAGGACAGCGAAGAGGAGAGGAGCGACGCUCUGAGCGGCAUCCUGUCCGCUUUUGUGGAUGAAGAGACGCUUGAGGAGGUCUGUCAGCAGAUACUGAAACAGUGGGCCGAGUGUUGCUCUCAAAACGCAGGCGCCAGCAAUCAGCUUGACGAUGAGGUUCAGGCCAUCGCUAGUCUGAUUGAAAAACAGGCUCAGAUCGUGGUCAAGCAGAAGGAAGUGUCCGGGGAGGCCAAGCAGAGGAAAGAAGCUCUGCUGGCGCAGUACGCCGAAGUCACGGACGACGAAGAUGAAGGGGAGGACGAGGAGACUGCGGCAGGAGCCGCGGCAUUCCCCAGCGACAAGUCCCUGUUCAAGAACACCAACGUGGAGGACGUGCUGAACCGGCGCCGGCAGCAGCGUGAGCAGGCCAAGGAGGGCGCCCAGAAGAAGAAGGAGCAGGACAAGAUGCAGCGUGAGAAGGACAAGCUCACCAAGCAGGAGCGCAAAGAACGAGAGAAAAAGCGCACACAGAAGGGCGAGCGUAAAAGAUAAACGAGGAAUAAAAUUACAGACUUAAAGGCCGGAGACGAGACUCGACACAUCAAACGUUUCUACGAACUGUGUUCUGAUGGGAACUUUGGGUUCUUUCGCUUUUCUUUUAAUAAACAUGGUCUUGGAUCUUCUCAGCAGCACUACGUAAGCCUUCUGUACUGCGCUGUCUAGAACUGUUUGGGAUCGUUAUGGCAGAAUACAUGGUCUGAUAAACGUUUCAAACUGAUUUGCCUUUUAUUAUUAUUUAAUAGAUGCCGUAAUAACCGUCUGAACAUUGUUUAGAUCAACCGCAGUAUCUCUUGAUCAUGUAACUACAGCUUACUGACUCACUGAACUUUUUAGCCUGAUCUACUGCAUCUGUCAUGUGGUGGUGGUGAUGAGAGCAAAAAUAUUCAGAUGUUUUAAUUGUUUAAUUUGAGUUGCAGAUCAGUUGCUGAAUUCCACCUCUAAAAGCUACCAAUCUGGAGGAUGUGAAAUAAAGUGUCCCAGAAGCUGAAA